GGAUCUGGAUGAAGGGAUGUGGGUUUAUCAUUUAGUUAUUAUUGGUGGUCGAUUCUUGAUUCCUCAAUCAGCAGUCUUUCAAAAAGGAAAGGAAAUGGGCCCCUAAAUUAAGAGAUAAUAGAUGCCUCAACCACAUGCGGACUCAUCUUGGUUGAGAAGGCCUCACGAGUCAGUUUAAGAUGUCCCUUCGAACCUCACCCUCUUAAUUGGUGGUUUAGUUAUCUUAAUGUUUAUUUGCUAUAAAUCCCCAACUUGGAGGGUGAGAAGCCAUUGCAGAAAUGGAGCUGCUCUUCUCUCUUCUUUUCGCUCUCUUGCUCGUUGGAACAUCUUCCAUUAGAGAAGUUGAGCGGCUGAAGCAUCCCGCCCUUGAGCUGCCUCUGGAUCACUUCCCCAGCUCACUUUCCUUCUCGGAUGUCCUUGCUCUGGAUAACGCCCGCGUCAAGUUUCUCAAUUCAAGACUCCGACAGAACUUGACAGCAGCUGUCCCCGGUGGAUUGAUCGAGGGAACUUCCGUUAGCGUCCCUCUGAAUCCAGGUGAGUCCCUCGGUGUGGGGAAUUACUACACUAAAAUCGGGGUAGGAAGUCCACCGACUUACUAUCCCGUGGUUGUGGACACGGGGAGCUCCCUUUCAUGGAUUCAGUGCCAGCCCUGUUUGGCCUAUUGCCAUCCACAAGCCGCGCCUCUCUUCGACCCUUCAUCUUCAAACACAUACAAAAUUCUGCCCUGUGAGGCAACCGAGUGCUCUUCCUUAAAAGAUGCCACUCUCAACAGCCCUAUGUGCUCUAAUUCGGAUAAAUGUGUGUACACUGCAACAUAUGGUGAUCAGUCUUUCUCUCAGGGCUACUUGAGCAAAGACUCGCUCACCUUUGGCGCUGAGACGCUCCCUGAUUUCACGUUCGGAUGUGGUCAGAACAACGAUGGCCUCUUUGGGAAAUCAGCCGGUCUGGUUGGCCUUGCAAAGAGCCCUCUGUCCAUGCUAUCCCAGUUGUCAACCAAGUACGGCAAGGCCUUCUCUUACUGCCUCCCAACAGCUUCCCCGCUGGGGAAAUCCGGGUCUGGAGGCUAUCUCUCCAUCGGAACUCGUUCCACUUCUUCUGCAUCCAGCUUCACCCCCUUGCUAUCCGACUCUCACGAUCCUUCCUUGUACUUUGUGAAGCUCACGGGCAUAGCCGUCUCUGGCAAGGUGCUGGGCGUGGCAGCUUCCAGCUACAGUGUGCCGACCAUCAUAGACUCCGGCACCACCAUAACACGGCUUUCAUCGCCGGUAUACACGGCCCUGAGGGAGGCGCUGGUGAAGAUCAUAUCUCCAAAGUAUAAGCAGGUUGAAGCGUUUUCCAUUCUGGACGCUUGCUUCGCGGGGUCUGCUGCUGAGGUAUCCGCCGUUGUUCCGGCAGUUGAGAUGAGGUUUCAAGGAGGGGCGGCGCUGAAGCUGGCGCCGCACAAUGUUGUGUUGGAAGUGGACAAGGGGACGACGUGCUUGUCGUUUGCUGCUAACUCGGAUCUCGGCAUCAUCGGCAACCAGCAGCAGCAGACUACGGAGGUUGUGUAUGACAUAGCUGGUUCAAGAAUUGGAUUUGGUGCUGGUGGGUGUCGCUAGUUGCGCAGUUGGAUGCAUAAAUGUUGGUGGUUAUCUUGUGUUGUAAGAUGUACAUAUCAAUCACUAUAUUUAUUCUACUUCAAUUUGUAUGUAAUGCAUCGUAUCUUCCUUGUAUUCAAAUGUAUUCAAUUUAUAAACUGUCUUUGUAUUCCAGUGUUAAAUGGAACUACAGUGUUCGAUUGAUUUUAA